AUGAGCUCCAAACGGCGGGUGGCUGCUGCGGCGUCACCAGAGACGAGACUCCGAGGCCAGAAACGUCGCAAAGUCUCCGACGAUGACCUCGUGGAACCGGAAGAGCCCAAUCACGCGUCGUCAAACCCGCGCUCAGAGUCAGCGGAGCAAGCCGAAGCAGAUGGAACCCCAGACUCUGAGGGUGAAUUGAAAGCAGACUUUGAAGGGGACAGUCUCCAAACGGCACAGGACAAAAUCAUGUCGGAGUUGACCCGAUUGAGAGAUUCCGAUGACCAGGAAGUCUCCUUUCCAUUCAUCGGCAAGCCAGACCGUAACCUCUACCGAGACUAUUAUGAAAUCAUCCAACAUCCGGUGUCGCUUAGGAGCAUCCAAAAGAAGGUUCGCGGUACAGAUAGUCGCAAGAACUCCUCAAAAACAACCGCCUAUCCCACAUGGCAGUCCUUCGAAGAAGAAGUCAGUUACAUAUGGCGGAAUGCUAGGGAGUACAAUGAGGACGGCAGUGAGAUUUCGAAUCUUGCCGGUAUUCUGGAGGAUUAUUUCAAAAGACGAGUUGCGGAAGCCAAGAAACUCGUUCCAGAUCCCAUCCAGGUAGAUAAAGACCCCGAAAUGCCUCGUAUCAAAUUGAAGAUGGGCCCGAGGAUGUCCGAUACUCCUUCGAAGAACGGGCAGCAGUCCGGCGUGACAGUCGACAACGAAUCUCUCGAACGACAGCAGGAACUGGUCAAGACCGGAUCGACGAGUCAAGAUGUCGAGGCACACCGAAUGUCCCCUCGGACAAGGUCCCUUCGAAAGCCUCUUGCCAGUCCCAGGUCCAGCGCCGCUACUACCCCAUCUGCCCCGGAACAUUCACAGACUGUUCCCACCAGAGGUCGAGAUUUGCUCGCCUCAAAGGGUGAUACGUCCAUGGCAUCUUCUCAGUUUGCCGAGAUUGGUCACUUGUACAAUGCCCCCGGAAUCUCCGGGGAGCCACCGGCAGAUAUCGCCGGACAUUCGCUUUCGAGCGCCGGUGGACUAAUUUCUCAUGAUGUUCCAGCUUCCUUGCAUCCGCCUCCAAGUGUAUCACCCAUGGACUCGAUUUUAAGGCGCCCGGGCCAAGAUGCAAGUUCUGCCUUAAUCCGCAAUGUUCAAAUUCUCAGCCAUUCAUCGUUGUCUUUGCACCAUGACUUUUGUUUAGAUAUACCCCCAUCCUCGACGGUUUCCCAGCAAACGAUCACGGUUAGCCUUCCGGCAUCACAUCACCUGCUCACGAUUAGGCCUCAUUUGGCGGCCGGUACUGCCCAGCAGCAGGUGAAGCUGGUCGCUUUUCUGGGCAUGCAACGGCUCCAUCCGUCUGGUGAUACCACGACGCUCUCAUAUGAUAUUCAACUGCAUCCUGGCACGAUCAAGGUUGACCUGGAAGCUAUUGUUGGGCCGGCCAGGGGAGUCCCAAAAUCCGGGCCACCUGGUUCGGAUGUCGACUAUGAGCGUGUCAGCAUCUUUUUCAACCUGCUGCGGUGA